CGCUUGAUCUCUACAGCCCUAGUCUGCAUCCGCUGGUAAACCGCAGCACUAUGUCUUCAGCGCACUCCUACGCCAAAGAGUCCUCCUUUGCGCAACGCCAGCCAUACUGGCUCGAGAACAACUCGAGGCCGGAUGAUCAAAACAAGGGUUUAUCGGAUGCUGACUCGCUCGACUCAAUGGAGGGCCAAAAUGGCGACUCCCAGCAGUGUCCCAAUGUCUUCCGAGGCGGAAACAAACCAAAAUUUUCCGAUGUUUUCAUCGCUGUCAUGGGCGCUACGGGUUCUGGAAAGAGCUCCUUCAUCUCUCUCUGCUGUGGAAAGGCCGUGAAACUCGGCCGUGAUCUGAACCCCAGCACAAGCACGAUUGACGUAUACGCGUACGAAAUCUCGCCCGACCAGACCGUCUACUUGAUCGACACGCCCGGCUUCUAUGACAUGGAGCGCAGCGACACCGAGGUUCUGCGAGAGAUUGCUGACUGGCUGAGGAAGUCGUACAAGGCCAGCAUCCUCCUCCACGGAAUUAUAUAUAUUCAUCGUAUUAUGCAGAUUCGUCUGCAGAGUUCCGCAAGAAAGAACAUCCCUUUGUUCAAGGAGCUCUGCGGUGACGAGGCCCUCAAAAGUGUCAUUCUCGUCACGUCCAUGUGGGACAAGCUAUCACGGCCCCAGGUAUCCGACGCAAUGGCCCGUGAGAAGCAGCUCAUCGAAACGGACUGGGGGUUCAUGGUGUCCAAGGGCAGCACGGUGUACCGCCAUCGAAACACGACCGACUCGGCGCGGGCAAUCGUCGACCGCCUCGUCAACAGCAAGGGAAGCCGCCCCAUGAAGCUUGAUGUCCAGAAGCAGAUGGCCGACAAGAAUCAGACGCUGAAGGAGACGGUGGCGAGGCUCGAGCUCGAUGCCGCCGUCACCAAGGAGCGCAGAAAAUGGGAGCGGGAGAUGCACGGCACGCAGGAGCAGAUGCGCGAGUUUAUGCGCGCGCGAGACGAGGAAGCGAAGCAGGUAACGUGCGAGAUGAAGAAGGAAGACGCCCAACGGCCGACAAAUGAGGACAAGAGGGCCCAGGAGAAGGAAUGGCAGCGGGAAUUGCGUGAGAUGCGGGAAACGCAAGAGCAGAUGCGCGAGGCCAUGAGGGCCCAGGAAAGGGAGUCGCAGCAGGCGUUGCGUGAGAUAAGGGAGGAGUAUAACCAACGGCUGGCACGGCUGGAGAGGGACAAGGAGCGCAUGCAGGUCGAUAUAGAACUGCUCCGUGGGCAGCUGUCGUAAGAAUGGAACCAGGCAUACCCAUGGCCAGGAUGAAUUAGUGCGUUCAGCGUCGGCUUAGACACGCCAGCAAAAGCGAGGAAGCCUUUGUAUGUUCUCUUCGGCCAGUCGACGGGCGGGCUCUUCUUCCUCCAUGGCUUGUAGACAUCGAAGUGUAAUGUUUGAGAUGGCGAGAGAAAGGUCACAGCCUAAGAAGGCAGCUGUCUCUUCAAGUGUAACUGAAGUUGGGUCUGGCGUGCGUUGGCCAGCUUCUACGUCACUUAUCCAGGUCAGGCUUGCUGCAUGUCUACUACCUAUCGCAUGUUUACAUGAAAGUGCAGGCUCAUUCAGUA